AUGGUCCACCAAUAUUACUUGGGGCUAACUUCGUCUAGCCACACCGUCAUAUUCGAAGGCCAUGAAUAUUGGCAGUACCUUUGGCCCUCUGUUGCGGUGUGGGUCAUUGAUCGAGUGUUGCGAGUGGUCAGGCUGUUUUAUUGUAAUUUUCACGUCGCGGUCACUGGUCGCAACAAGAUUCACACCACACGCAGUCGCAUGACGUAUGACCAGACGGCCGAUGUGAUCCGCCUCGUUGUCGCGCCCGGCACGAAGUUGCUCCAACCCAAGCCUGGCGACUACUAUUUUCUGUACCAGCCCUUUCGAUUCGUGGGCUGGGAAAACCAUCCAUUCACGGUGGGGGCCUGGGCCUACGAUGCAGACCCCAGCGCCGUUGGGUCGGCGUCGUUCGGGAAGCUCAAUGGAUCCAUGGAUGCCUCUCACCUUCCACUACUGUAUGCGGUCGCGCCCGAGCAGGAAGCUGAAGAUUUGUCAGAGUCUGCCGGAGAGAAGACCGCAGCGUCAAGACUGAAACUAGUCUUCUGGAUCCGGCCCUACGAUGGCUGGACUCGGAGUCUGCGCCAACAAUGUCUCCACUCCAAGGAGGGAGUCGUGGACACCACUAUUCUGCUGGAAGGGCCUUAUGGACACAACUUCCCAUUGUGGCGGUACGAGUCAGUGCUGUUGAUUGUGGGGGGCACUGGGAUCGCCUCCGCUGCUCCGUACAUCCAAGACCAUCUUCGACGCUCCGCCCGUGGGGAGGAGUCUCUGGACGAGAAGUCUCGGAUACGAGACAUGGAACUGGUCUGGACCGCCCGCCAGACAGCCUUUCUCCACGAUGUUGCUAGUCGGGAGCUUCGACCUGCGUUGGGCCGUGAAGACUUCCAAGCUUCGUUGUAUGUGACCAGGAACCCAACCGAGUCACCCCAGGAGCUGGUGGACCUGGGGUGCCAGGUUCGCGCUGGGCGACCCCACAUCCAGUCGCUCAUCAUGGGUCGGGUGUGUGAUGCCGCUGCAGCGGGUCUGAGUCUGGCCAUUCUCGUGUGUGGGCCGGCAGGAAUCGCCGACGAGGCGCGGGCCGCAACCCAUCUCGCGAUGCGACAAGGCUACCGGUCGAUCAAGUACGUGGAGGAGUCCUUUGCCUGGUAG